AUGUGUAACAUCAACGGUUUUACUAUAGAAUUGGACACAAUGCAACAGAAACUCUUGCUGAAUUUGAGCAGUCCUCCUACUAAGAUAGGGGUUUGUCCAGACCCCUGGUUCUUCAGUGCCUUGAAGUUCCUAAAAAACAACCGAGGAAUCGGCAACAACGUGCGAAGAAACACAGCAUCAAACACCGGUUUGUGGCCUUCCGUUUUUAAUUUGGCCACCAAAGCCGUCAUCUCAGCUAACGCCACCUGCGGCAUCAGCGGCAGAGAAGAGUUUUGCCGAUUAUCCGACACCGGCAAAACUCGAUGCGGGAUUUGCGAUGAUUUUAGUCCGGACCUGGGCAAACGACAUCCAAUCAACUUCGCGAUCGACGGAUCGAACCGAUGGUGGCAGAGUCCUGCUCUAUUUUACGGACCCGAAUAUGAAUACGUCACUGUAACGGUCGAUCUGAAAAAGGUGUACCAAAUUUCCUACGUGAUACUUAAGUCUGGUAACUCGCCUAGACCGGGCACAUGGAUUUUGGAAAAAUCUCUGGACGGCGAACGAUUCGAAGCCUGGCAGUACUUUGCCAGGAGCGACAAAGAAUGCUCGGACAGAUUCGGUGUUCUUGCGACGAAAGGCAAACCGUAUUACCUAAGCGACACGGAAGUGAUCUGCACAUCUUUCUUUUCGAGGCUAACACCAUUGGAAAAUGGAGAGGUACAUACUUCUUUAAUCCAAGGCAGACCGGGAGCAAACGACACUACCCCGGAACUCUUAGAAUUUACCAAAGCCCGAUACGUAAGGUUUCGGCUGAUGGGUUUGAGGGGCACACAGGACCCCUUGCCCAAAUGGCUCAGUCAGGACAUCUGGAGAAGCAAAAAACUGUUUUAUUCCAUAAGGGAUAUUACGAUCGGUGGGCAAUGCGUUUGCAAUGGACACGCCGAGAAUUGUCGCCAUAAUGUCGCUUCCGGGCAUCCUGAGUGCGAAUGCCUGCAUCACACUUGCGGGCCCAACUGCGACAAGUGCUGCGCGCUGUACAACCAACGUCAGUGGUUGCCGGGGUCUGCGCGCGACGCCAAAAAAUGUCUUCCGUGUAACUGUCACGGCCACGCAGCCAGCUGUCAUUACGACGAAGCGGUAGACAAAGCCGGCCUGAGCAUGGACACUGCCGGAAACUAUCAUGGUGGGGGAGUAUGUGACAACUGCACUGACUACACUACGGGUAUAAAUUGCGAGGAAUGCGUUUCCGGCUACUUCCGACCACAGGGGACCGCCCCCGAUAACCCCACCCCGUGCAAGAGGUGCGAUUGCGACGAGUGGGGUUCAGCACCGCCGGAUAUUUGCAUACAGUAUGGCGAUCUGGCGGGAACCUGCAAAUGCAAAAGCGGAUACAAGGGUAGUAGAUGCGAUUCGUGUGCUGCAGGCUAUCGAGGCUAUCCUAGUUGCGAGCCUUGUCCCUGCGAUCCCAAGGGAAUCACUGACGUUAACAAUUGCGAGAACGAAUGCAAUUGCAAACCAAACGUUGAAGGCCUGUAUUGUGAUAGGUGCAAGACGGGAUACUUCGGACUGAGCUCGGCUCACCCUGAAGGCUGUCUGGCAUGUUUUUGUUCGGGAGUCACCCAUUUGUGCGAACUAGCAGCCGUUGAAACGACAACGAUAAACACACUGGACGAUUGGCUAAUCACGGACUUGAAAGUCAGCAACUUUAUCAAACCGGAGUCCAACGGACAGAAUAUUUUUUCCGUAGGUAAUUACGAAAUUCCGGGUGUUGAGAAUUUGUACUGGAUGGCCCCGCAUCACUAUUCGGGUAACAAACUGGAAGCCUAUGGCUCUACAUUCGUUUUCGAGGUGCAGUGGGUCGUGAUGAGGGGCGACACCAGCGGCGAACCCACAGUCGGACCAAACAUGAUUAUUGUGGGUGCAAACGGACUUCAAAUUGGUACGGGAGAGGAAAUCUACAGUUCCCAGAGAACGUCCUUCGAAAUACUUCUCGAGGAAACCGGCUGGUAUGUCAUACCGAACGAUUUAAAAGACAUCACCACUGCGUUGAAAAAAGACGACUACAUGAGAGGUCCGGUAACACGUCAGCAAUUUUUGAGCGUUUUGGCGAACAUCAAAUAUAUCUUGCUGAGGGGUACCUUCCAUACCGAUCAGAUAGAGGCGUUGCUGGAAAAGGCCGUGAUGAGUUUCGGCAACGAAAAUGCAAACUACGAGGAUGGCAGUGUCGAAAAAUGCUCCUGUCCUUCCGGAUAUACCGGUUUAUCCUGCGAAAGCUGUUCCUUCGGCUACGUAAGAAUCUACGCCAACAGUUCCGGUAAUACACAGGAAAGCUUUUGUGGGAAGUGUGAUUGCAACGGACACUCAGAAUCUUGCGAUGCCAAUACAGGUGAAUGCUUUUGCGAGCACAAUACGGUAGGCGAAAAAUGCGAAAGGUGCUCGGUCGGAUUUUACGGAAAUCCGUUGCGCGGAACCGAAACCGAUUGCAAACGAUGCGCGUGCCCUCUAGAGAACGACGCGAACAACUUCAGCCCGAGUUGUCAAUUGGAUUACGUCACGACAGACGACAGGGGCGGAGGAAGUUACGUUUGCACCCAAUGCCCCAAAGGUUACACUGGCGACCAUUGUGAAAUAUGUGACGAUGGAUAUUACGGCGACCCGAUGGAAGUCGGCAAUAGAUGUAUGCCUUGUGACUGCAACGGAGGGCCUUGCGAUCGAAAAACUGGCCAGUGUCUGAGCUGCAAGGGCAACACCGAAGGUUGGAAAUGUGAAAGGUGCAAACCCGAACACUACGGCGAUCCGUCGACUUCCAACUGCAAACCUUGCGAAUGUGAUCUGCUUGGUUCCGAAUCAAAGCAAUGCCAUAAUGCGACCGGCCAGUGUGUCUGCAAUGAAAAAUUUACGGGAAGAACUUGCGACCAAUGCGAAGUCGGUUUUGGAAACGUCACCGCCAUGUGCCCGCCUUGUUCCUGCAGCCCGAUCGGCUCGCAAUCGCCAGUUUGUAACGUUCACACCGGCACCUGCGAUUGUCUUUCGGGAGUCGAAGGAUUCCAUUGCGAUGCCUGUCAAAAUUUGCACUACGGGUUUUCGAACAACGGCUGCAAAGCGUGCAACUGCGACUUAAAUGGUUCGAAAUACUCGUCUUGCGAUCCAAUAACGGGAAACUGCAUUUGCAAAUCGCAUUAUGAGGGACGAACGUGCAGCGUGUGCAAGCCGGGAUAUUGGAAAAACGCGAAGCAGGACUGCGUCAAAUGUCACUGCAACGAGUACGGGUCCAAGGAUAGUUUUUGCGACCAAGAAACCGGAAAAUGCAACUGCCACCCCGGAAUUUCCGGGUUUCUCUGUGACGUCUGUUUGCCCAAUUAUUAUGGAAAUGUCCAAACUGGUUGUAUAGAAUGCGAGCCGUGCACAAAAAGGGGACACGUAUGUGGCAAGGGUGGACGUUGCGUAUGUCCGGACUUGACCAUCGGAAAGGAGUGUGAAAGAUGCGCUCUCAAUUCUUGGGGUUUCGAACCUGGAAUUGGAUGUAAGCAUUGCAAUUGUUCUACGACCGGCAGUUCAACGCAUCAGUGCGAGAAAACUCACGGUAGAUGUCUCUGCAAGCCUGGCUACGAGGGUGACAAGUGCGACAGGUGUUCCUUGGGUUAUUUCGGCUAUCCUAAUUGCAGGCAGUGCAUGUGCAAUCUCCACGGUACCCGCGAAGCCGAUUGCACGAACAGCACUUGUGCGUGCAACGAAGAUGGCAGCUGCAAUUGCAAGGAAAACGUACGGGGAACCAAAUGCGGCUCGUGCAAGAACAGCACGUUCGGCCUUGCGAAAGACAACCCUAGGGGUUGCACGGAUUGCUUCUGUUUCGGUAGAAGCGACAAGUGUGUCGAUACUAGAUACAACUGGGACAAGAUUAGGUUCGAGAAGGAAAUCGAAAACAACGAGCCGAUAAGUUCCGACACCAUAAGCUUGCCGAGACAAUUCGUUGGCGAUGUCACCAACUCCUACGGCGGCUACCUAACCGUAAAAGGAACCGGCGGCAAAUUCAGCGUAUUUUUGACCGGAAAUCAAAUUUCGCUGAGAUCCGAAAUCAGCUCCAGCGAGCUGAGGAUCAGCGAACAGUACUGGUCCGUCACAUCCGGCGAUAUAUUGCCGGCCUGCCAACACGCAUUGUCUAGAGAUUGUUUCAUGCUAAUCCUGCAAAACGUGACGUCGAUUAUCAUCCAGGGGCAAAACAUGGAGAUAGCAGAAGUUCUUCUGGAUUCGGCCAAACCGUACAUCCCGUACAAUCGUACAAGUCACUCGAUAGAAAAGUGCGAAUGUCCGCCGGAAUAUUCCGGUCUGUCGUGUCAGAAUCCGAACAAGGGUUAUUAUAGACACUUUCCGGAACUUCCGGAGUUAACGCACACCUUUUGGAUCAACAACGUGAUCGGAAUCGCGAAAGCCUGCGAAUGCAAUCAGCGAUCGCUUGUGUGCGACCCGAACACUGGCCAUUGUAAGAACUGCUCGGACCAUACCGCAGGAGCAUAUUGCGAACUGUGCGACAUCGGGUAUUACAAAGACCAAUCCGAAAAUUGUUCGGCAUGUUUAUGCCCGUCGGAAAAGGAAAACAAUGCGGAAAGUUGCGUGGCUAAGAAACACGACUUCGUUUGCAACUGCAGGAAAGGUUAUACCGGAAGCAAGUGCGAAUACUGCAAAGACGGUUACUACAGGGAUAGGUUCAGCAAUCUGUGUGUCGUAUGCAGUUGCAACAGGUACGGAAGUUUUUCGGACGCCUGCGAUGAAGACGGCAGAUGUCAAUGUAAAGAAGGGUUCGUAGGGCCUAAAUGCGGCCAGUGCAGGAACCAGAGAGAAUAUAUCAAAGACGGAGUUUGCACUCGUUGCGACGAAUGCACUCAGCUUUUGUUUAGUGACAUUGACCGACUGACGGCAGCUAUCGAAGACGCCUACGAUUUGUUCAAAGACGGUUUACAUCCGCCAUGGAAAAUAUUAGACGGACUUAUCAAGCGAAACAAACAGCUAUCGAAAACGUUCAAUUACAAAAUAAAUAAGGCGGAACAGAUUUUGACUCUGUCAAACGUCAGCGCUGACGAAGAGACCUUGAAACGACUGCUGGGAAGAACUGAGAGUCUCAAUGCCGAUGUGAUGACGUACACAGACACAUCAAACCAUUUAAAAAAUGAUUCUGAUGAUUUAGUGAUGCAUAUAAAGUCGUUUCAGAAGAGGAUACGCGACGUUGUCGCUACUUUGGAAAAUUUUGGAAAACAACAGGUGGACCUGAAGGGAGCGCUAAAGAAGGCCAACAAAAUCUUGGGAGCCAUCAACGAGAAUCUGUACGUUGUAGACGUACAAGAGGAACAUCACUUGCACACCUACACUUAUUGCAACAAGGUGGGCGAGGAAGUGGAUAGAAUAUACCAGAUAACACCGCCGUUGCCGUUCGAGCUGUUUUCCGAAUUUAAUAAAAAAUUGAACGAUAUAGAAGCAAUCACAAGAAAGGUGGCGGAAGACAGCGACUUGGUCAGCUUGAGGAACGAUCAAAGCUUCGUGAUAAUGACGAACCUGAAGCGUAAAAUCGAACAUCUGACCGGUUUGAAAGAAAACAACGAAAUGAAUAUCGAAGAAAUCGAAGUCAGUAUGAACGCUAUCGCUGAUGUUAUAUCGAAGAUCGAGAGGAACUGCGAAGAUAUGGCGAGCAUUGAAUUCGAUGAUCUCGCCGAAAUGCAAACGAAACUGGAUACGGCAAGAGACGAGAGCGACGAUCUGGAAGAGCUCUUUCUUCGGGCUGCCGAACAUGUCGAAGAACUGGAAAAUACUGUACGGAAUUAUCAAAACAUUUUCAAUUUUACAAAAGACGAGUGGAAAACGAUAAAAGCCAGUGGCGCGUACGAAGAAAUAGCGAACGGGAUUAAAUCGGCCAGGAAAAUUGCAGAUGAAGCCAGAAAGCUGUUGUCCACUGCUCUUAAUAUUUUAGACCCCAAGGAUUCGGAUACGUUGAUAGACAAAACCAAUUUAGCUCACGCUCAAUCGGACAGGCUGAAGCACCGGAUUGUGAACUUGAAGGAUAUCACGAACAGCUUUAACGCGAUUAAAAAUAAACUGGGUGAUUUCAAGUACCAACUGCUCGAAACCGGCAAAGCGAACAACGAUUUGAAUCAAGUAUUGCGCAACCUCGAGUUCCGGAUAACUAGUCAGGGGGACACGGUUGAAAAAUUGUACGAGGUAAUUCAAAAUAGUUCUGAUAUCUCUGAGCGGAUGAGGCUGAUCGACAAGAGAAUAUCCAAUUUGAACAUUUCGACCAGGUACGACUUGUUUAAGAAGUAUCAGGAGUAUCUCAACUUGACUUCCAAGGAAGAAAUCGAUAAAAUGAAAGACAAUAUCACGAAAACCGAAAAGUUGCUGCGGCAAAUAUUCAAAAGUCUCGAAGUCUCUGGUUCCGAGAAUCAUCGGGACGACCAAGACAGGCGACCCGACUUGGAGGCGGUAACUUCUCGAAUUAAAGAGUUGCAGAAUAAAAUCUUGUACGCGAAGCAAGUGGCAGACUCGGUCAAUGUCGCGAUCGGUCUAUCAAACUGCUCGAUGUACUAUAGUUUAUCGAAAACGGAAGUGCUGAGGAACAUGGCCAUCACGUUUAAGUGUAUCAAUUGCCACCUACUGACAUGGGAAAAUCCCCAGAGCAUUUUAAAGCUCCGAAUUGCGAACGGCAGAGCCAUACUUACGCUGGACGACGAAGAUCAAGUGGAACUUUCCACCGAGAAGGACGACUUUACCAAAAUGGAAAGAACUUUGUUUAUAGAAAGAGUAGGUUCUCUGCUUCAAAUGAAAUUCGACGAAGACAUCAACUGGCGAAAGGUUCAGAUCGGAAGCAAACUGUUAGUGAUAGAUUCAGGUGACUACAUUCAAAUAGGCGACGGUCUUAUGACGCAAGCCAACGCGUACGUCUACAAGUUGACGAUUAACGACGAUGACGUAGGGUUGUGGAAAUUUGCCAAAACGUGGGGCAAAUGUAAGGGGCUGUCCAGAGCCAACACACGGGAACGCGAAGGUGCGAGACCUUUCUACUCGGGAAACGGAUAUCGAAUGUACGGAACUGCACCUCGAUUGACGCCCGCCAAAUUCAAUUUGAGAUACGACUUUGCCACGUUCGACGAGAACAGUCUCAUCUAUCUCGCCCAAGAAAUUGAAAAUCCAUGCGCAUACAUAGCGCUCACACUGGAAAAUGGCCGCCUAAAAUUUGAAGCCAAACACAACAACGGUAAAACAGUCUCCCUGAAAACUGAAGAGAGGUUCAACGACGGCCAUAACUACUACGCGGAAGUAGCUAUGGCGUAUAGCAAUCGCCUGCAGCACUACAGUUUGAAAACUGACUUCGCUACCACCCUCGCCGACGAGAAGUUGGACAACAGGGCGGUAUUUCGGAUAAAACGCGCUCAUCACUUUACGGGCGGACUAUCGCCUACGCUGAACUCGUCCUGUCUGAACGUCAACGUCAAACCGUUUUUGGGAUUUUUAAGCAACGAAGAACUCAGCAACGAGACCGUGUCUUCAGGUGUCACCGAGAAAACAGGAGAUCUCCGACUGGACAAGGCAUGGUUUUACGGCAACGGUUUUGUGAGUUUAAAUAUUCCAUUUUUUGCGUCGAAAGGCACCCAAAAACUGGAGUCUAUAAGUUUUAUCGUAAGGCCUUUGAACUCGUACGUGGCCAUCAUGGAAAUAGAGAAAUUCGGCGUCAUUUCUCUAUCCAACCGACUGCUCCAAAUAGAUCUGAAGAAAGAAAGCUACAGUUCCACUAGACCGUUAACCCUUAGUAACUACAAUGUGGUGUCUAUAGUGUUUAAGAAGGAUAAGAUCAGUCUGACUAUAAACGGUGAAGACGAAGUGAUCUACCGAAACAAAUCAGAAAACAUACAAAAAACAGAAACGUUGAAUGUAAUAAUAGGCAGCGCGCAAAAUUACAACAAACUGAACGGUGGGCUGAGCGACUUAAUGAUCAAUAACGAAAGGGUGUUGUUCAGCGCAAAAACGGUAACGAGCUUCACCAACGCGGAAAUCGGCCGUGAAAUCCCUCUGAUGCGGAAAACGGUCGUCCUGAAAGGGUUGAUCGGUGCCGUCAAUGUUACCAACACGAUGCAAAACACACAAGGUUGCGCAACCACCGCGAACUAUCAAACAGACCCGAACGCCGUCAAGCUGGGGGACAAAUCCAAUAGCUAUAUUCAAAUCAAAACCGCAUUCUGGAAGAAAGACUUCAAAAUCGAAUUCGAGUUUAGAAGUUUCUAUCCUAACGGGGUCCUUUUCAUAUCUGUUGGAAACACCGGCUUGCCUCAUUACAAUUUUCUCGAGCUCAGAGAAGGCAGGGUGUCGUUUCACGCGAAGGGCAGGCGGAAAAUCGUGAAACACUGGCCAAUCACGUUCGCGAAGAGGGUGAACGAUGGCGAGUGGCACAAAAUUAAGAUCGUCAAGAAGAACAACAAGAGGGUGCAAGCCCUUUUGGACGGCGAAGGUCGUAAACCGGUGCGAAUUCCGAAAAACGUCGUCAGGAACGAAAUAUUUUUCGGGGGCGUGCCCCCCAAUUACACUGACUACGUUGAACUCAGAGAUAAGAUAAUGCCGUUCCGAGGCUGCUUCAAAAAUCUACUAAUCAACGGGGAAGCAAAGUUGUUGGGGAAGAAUACCAAAGACGUGACGUACAAAAAUCCCACGCAGUGUUUCCCAAAAGUGGAAGAGGGCGCGUAUUUUGGUGGGGACGCCUACGCCAUCUACAAAGAAAGCUUCCGGGUAAACAAAAUUCUGGAGCUCAGCUUCCAGUUUCGCUCCGCGGAACAAAACGGCAUUUUCCUCAGCGUAUCCAACUACGAUAACUACCCCGCGUUAUCCGUGGAGCUUCAAAAUGGGGCUGUCGUGAUGACGGUCAACAUGGGUAACGGCGCGACUUCGAACGUAACUAACAAUUUGAACUGGGACUAUGCGUUAUGCGACAACGUUUGGCAUAACGUCACCGCCAUGUAUUCCAGUUCCGAAUUGACAGUUAUGGUGGACGGGAUCAGGAAAAGCUGGGUGCAAUCGGAGCUCAACUCGCUCAUGGACGAGAUCGAUGCUCCGCUAUACAUAGGAGGCUUGCCAGAUAACGCACCGGUUGGGACUUUAAAAACCAGGGAGAACUUCAAGGGCUGCAUCAGGAAACUUAAAAUUGAAGACGAACCAAAAGACUGGACAGAUAUGGAGGAACUUAACAACGUUUUGUUAAACUCGUGCCCUAUUGUACCUGCUGGAAAUGUUUAAAGCACGUUCCGCCGUAUAUAAAACGCAAUUUCGACGGAUAUCUGCACUUUUUCCAAAGUAUUACCUUAACUGUAUUAUACCCAUGUCUAUACUGUACCUACAGACGUGCGGUUUUUAUAAAUUGUUAUUUAGACCUAGUCCAUUAAAAGUCAAAUGUCACUGCCAUUUCGAAUGUAAAUAAAUUAUCAUGUAUAUAAAGAUUAGUCUAGAUGCCAUACAUUUUAGUUAAUAGAGGAUGUAAAUAAUUUUGUAAAUAUUUAUUUAAGCCACUAUUUAUGCCCAAUUUAAAUAAUAAAUAAAUAGUAUGU